AUGCGACGCAGCCAACAAAUCCACGACGUUUGCCGCCAUUAUGCUUCAAAAAUCUUUCUCUUUCCCCUUCUUUCUUUCUUUCUCUCUCUUCUCUUUUCUCUCUUUCCCUCUUUCUAUCUCUCUCCUUCUUUCUCUCUCACCCUCCUUCACUCUCCGCUUCUUUCUCUCUCUCUUCUUCUUUCUCUCUCAUCCUCUUUCUCUCUCUCCUUCUUUCUCUCUCACCCUCUUCCUCUCUCUCCUACUUUUUCGUUCAACCUCUUUCUCUCUCUCUCCCCUUCUUUCUUUCUCUGUUUCUCUCUCCCCUUCUUUCUCUCUCACCCUCUUUCUCUCUCUUUCCUCCUUUCUCACUCGCCCUUUUUCUCUCUCUUCUUCUUUCUCUCUCAUCCUCUUUUUCUCUCUCUCUUCUCUUUUCUCUCUCACCCUCUUCCUUUCUCUCCUACUUUCUCGUUCGCCCUCUUUCUCUCUCUCUCACUCUCUCUCUUUCUUUCUUUCUUUCUCGCUCCCUUUCUCUCUCUCCUUCUUUCUCUCUCACCCUCUUCCUCUCUCUCUCCUUCUUUCUCUCUCACCCUCUUUUUCUCUCUCCUACUUUCUCGUUCAACCUCUUUCUCUCUCUCCUUCUUUCUUUCUCUCUCUCUUUCUCUCUCUCCUUCUUUCUCUAUCACCCGCUCUCUCUCUCUCUUCUCUUUUCUCUCUCACCCUUUUCCUUUCUCUCCUACUUUCUCGUUCGCCCUAUUACUCUCUCUCCCCCUUUCUUUCUCGCUCCCUUUCUCUCUCUCUCACUCUCACUCUCUCCUUCUUUCUCUCUCUCCCUAUUUCUCUCUUUCUAUAAUGUCUGGAUGGCUCACUUCUCUACCUCCGUCUCCUCCUCUUCAUCCUCCUCCUCCUUCUUCUUCUCCUUCUUCUUCUUCUUCUUCUUCUUCUUCUUCUUCUUCUUCUUCUUCUUCUUUGUAUUCUCUGUGCACUUCUCCCUCUUCUACCUCCUCCUCUCAGCGCAUAUUCCCAAUCCUCUCCUCUUCCACCUCUUCCACCCCCUCCUCCUCCUCCUCUUUUUUGUGCACUUUUUCUCCUCCCAUUUCACCCCACCCAACACACACACACACUUUCUCCUUGUCCUCUUCUUUUUCUUCUUUCUCCGUUAUAGCCUCGUCCUCUUUUUCUGGUUACCGACCCUUUCAUCUCCUCUUAAUCAAAUAUGACGGCGGAUAA